AUGGCUAUCAUUACUCCCCGACUACUCUCCCACGAAGAAGAACACUCCCGCUCGUAUGCCAUCCUGGAAGCCGCCCGAGAAGCCGCCAAAGCCUCGCGUGGGUACGACUCGGAUGCCACACGGCAAAGGCUCGAAGACACCUUCCGACAGCGCAUGGGAGGGAAGGUGCCACACCAGUGGCAGGUGAAUGUCACAGAGGCACUGUUGGUGGGAUUAGACUGCACGGUCAUAGCGGGGACAGGUAGCGGGAAGACGAUGCCGUUCGUCAUGCCUACCUUUGUAGAAGCCGAAAAGAUAUAUUUUAUAAUCUCUCCUCUUAAUGCGCUAGAAGCAGACCAAGCGGAGCGCUUCGCUGACUUGAAAGUCCCUGCGGCGGCCGUGAACAGGAUAAUGUUUUCGGACAAGCUGUUGGAGAUGACAGAACAUUCCCGCUUCCGAACGCUUAUUGCGACACCGAAAUUCGCGAGCCGUAUUGGGGCGUUCAUCAUCGAUGAAGCACACUGCAUAGUGCAGUGGGGGGGCGACUUCCGACCCGAAUAUAGCGGGCUGGAAAAGUUUCAGGGACUCGUCCCGAAGCCUGUCCCCUUCUUGGUGACGUCAGCUACUCUGACCCCAUCUCAGCUGGAAUGA